AUUCAAAAAUAAAAAAAUGAUCUCUGUAACGUUGGUAUGAUUACAACACAUAAGGCGGGUGAAUUCGAGUGUUAAGGCAUCGUGCAUGUAGCUAGCUUGCUAGCAUGUCAAGUCGCUCUAUCAGCAGUGCAGAAGCUAACUAGCUUGCCAACUAGCUAUUUAACUAACGUUAGCUGCUCAGAAUGCGCUAACAUUACAGAUGUUUUAAGUGGUUAUCAAGCUCUGUUCGGUUACUUCUUUACUAAGGUGUAAGAUAUCAGGCUUGAUUGUUUUUCAGCAAGCACAGGUCAUGCAUGGUAUAAUCUCAAAUAUGACGUUAACUUGAUUAACGUUAGCCCGCUAACGUUUCCAUUAGAUGUAUGGUGCCUCGUUUGCUGUAAAUAUGGACGUGUCUAAGUUGACUAGCCAACUCUCGUUAGUGUUAAUUGUGAAGAUGUGCAAAAUAUGAAACGGAGUGGUUGGCAACCAAGUAUAUCGAGCAUAUAAAAUGAUUUGAUUUUUUAAACGGUUGUUCCAGUAUUCUUGGUAACAUACAUUAGCCAAGUUCGAAUAUGUACCGUGUCCCUGCUGGUAUGCACCGGUUUAAAUCAAAAUGGUUAAUGUUACAUUUCAUUGCAGAGUGUUGCCAUUUUCAUCAACGAGAUACAGUGUAGCUGGCUGCCUGCCUGCCUGGCAUUACCCGUUUGCGUUGAUCUCAUACCGAUUUUGUGGGUUUGGGGAAAUGUCAACUUCGCAAGCUAAUGUUGAAAGGUUUACUAUCACUUAUCUUUUGAGACGGCCGAGUUUUUAGGUCAUUAAGCUACUGUGGGCGAGGUGAAGGCAAACCAUCCUUCCAUUGCUUCGGACUAUCCUUGGCGAAAUCGACUGUUAUGUUUUGCCACUCAGCAGCGAUUAACCACAAUGACUGCAAUGCAUAUGCUAAAAAGGCGCUGCAUUUGAACAGUUGUUUUGCAUUGAAAAGAUUUGAAAGUAGCUUGCAAGACGCCAAAAAGGUUAGAGAAGGACACUGCGUGUGUAUGGGAUGGACAGUAAGGGUGGCUCUCUUCCCUUGAUGCCUGAGCCGCGAAGCCCCAUCAGCAUGAAGCAGCCGUCCGAUUCGCUGGCAGGCGGACGCAAGGGGAGGGGUGAGGUGGGCGCAGACUCCGCCCUUAUCUUGGACAAGGCCACCACGCAGCUGGCGGCCACACCUCAAGACGGUGCCCUGCCCAAGAUGCAGAACGGCCACGGCCACGGCCACAGCCUCGAGCAGCUAAAGGAUCUCACCUCGCGCGUCCUCAACAAUGGUGAGCAGCCGAAACACUGUGCCGCCACCGUUGUCGCCGCCUCGACAGAACCCCCCAUCAAGGGGGCGGAGCCCACGCCCCCGAACCCUGCCCCUGCCCAGGAAAUCAAGCUCAAGUUCCCCAAACGCGCACCCCAAGUGGCUGCCAACGGCACCAAGCCCGUGCCCAACGGCAGGUGUGACUCUGCCUGCUUCGCUGAAGAUGGGGAGCGACCGGAGGUCACAGUCACAAUGCCGGAGAGGAUUCUGGGAGGCCCAAGCACUGGGAGGAAGCGGAAGGGCCGUCCAGUGAAGAAGAGGAUCCCGGCGAGCACUCGGAAGCCUCUCACAGUCCGAGUGUCGCCCCACAAGGGUGUGGUGCAGUCAGCAACUGACCCAAUGUCAGCUGAUGCAGCCACCACCUCAACCAAUCAUGUCACAGAAUCUAAUACUCUCACCACUAAGCCAAUCACUACCCUUGCCUCCAUGGACCAAUCAUGCAUCGCUGUGAACUGUAACCCGAGAGUGGAAAUUGAGAGAUAUGUGAACAGCCCAGCUGGAACGAUCCACGAGCGCUUUUCUGUGGGGGACGUUGUUUGGACCAAAAUGUUGGGGUACCCCUGGUGGCCCGGCAUGGUUACAACCGACCCCCAGUUCAACAAACACAUGAAACAGAAUGCCUUGAACAGUAUUCUAUACCAUGUUCAGUACUUCAGCGAGGCUUCCGAGAGAGGCUAUGUUUUUGAGAAAUGUAUGGUGCCAUUCCGUGAUGGCAAGCAGUACCAGGAGCUCAACCUGGAGCAGCCCUCUCCUCGGCCUGGUGGGAAGAAGCUGGUCAUCCCUGUUGUGCCGCAAAGAUUACCGAAGCCGUUGCGUCUUGGAAUCUCCCAGGCAACCGAAGCCAUGACCAUGGCCCUGGAGGACCGUAUCGCCAAGUUCACCCUGUGCGCCCCUCCACAGGUCCCACGCAGCCCCUUCCCCCAGUCCAGCCCAAUCUCAGACCAGCAGCAGGACACCGGCCAGCAGGCUCCAGAACCGGGCCAGGAACUGGACCGUCACCUCUGCCCCUCCGCAGCUCGGUCGGAGCCGGACCAGGAGGCGCCCUCGGAGAGCAAAUCCCCGAAGACCCCGUUGAAGGACGAGGAAGAGGAGGCCCCUCUGCGACACAUCACCUGCCGAGGGCCAGUGCUGAGUGGCUACCCGCCACCCCUGUGCACCAGCACUCCCGCGGGACAAGCGCGCACUCACAAGGAGCUGGAGCAGCCUGACGCACACACAUCACUCUCCCCGGCGCUCACACAAGAUGAUCUCAACGACAUCAACACACCUGGCGCCCACUCCAAAGACAGCAGCACUUCAGCGCCCAAGAAGGCCCCUGGCAGGAAGGUCUCGAGGGUUGCAAAGGUUACCAAGGUGACCAAGGUCACGAAGGGGGCAAAGGUCAGCGCAGAAGGUCAGGUGACGAGCACACCUGUGAGGAGGAGGAGGAGAAAGGCCCCAAGCCUCCCUGAAGUGGCCACACACACACUAGCUCAGGAGACCACCACUGCUGCUUCCAACCUCGAACCUCUGAAAUCCGAACCGCCAAUACCUCCACAGAAACGCAAGAGAGUCAAAGUCACUGUGACUGCAGACCUGAAAGUACUGGAAAUGCCUGCUGCUCAGGAGUCCCUCCCUGCAGACUUAGUCACCCCCGCUCCGGUGAGGAAGAGGCAAACCAAACCCAAGUCCAAUACGACCGGCAACGCCACCACCAGCACCCCUAAGAAGAGGGGGAGGCCCGUGGCCGUCGCCACUAAACCUCCCACCAAGGAGCCUGGCAGCCAAGAGGCCAGAGCUGAUACAGCCCAAAAGGUCCCCAAGGCUCCACGGACGAAGAGGCAACCUGCUCAGAGCAAAGAGAAGCCUGACCCCAAAGGAAAGAACAGCAUGAAGCGGGAGCUAGAGGACAAGUACGGGGAAAAGGAAGAACAGACCAAGAAACGCAUCAAGCUCGAGGUUGUCACACCCAAAGCAAAGACUCCAAAGGGUAAGUCGGCAGAUCUCACCAGCCCUGUUAGGAGGAGGAAGAAACAGACCACUGACACGGAGGUGAAGGGGGUGGGCAGUGGGCCGGAGGUGAAGAAGAGACAGAGGAAGAAAGUGGAGGAGAAUCCCCCCACCCCAGCGAAAGGGAGGAAAAGAUCAUCAGGGAAGCUCCAGGCUCAGGUCAAAGAGGAGGAAGUUCCCGGGACACUGAAACGGCCCAGGAAGAGAAAAGGAUCCAGCAGCCAAUCAGCUGCCGCCACGCCCAAGAAGAGGCACAUCCAGUCCCACCCUGAACCCGAGGGCUCUAUGUGUGAAGACAGGCCUGAGUCUCCUAAUGACAGCACAGAUGAGACCCAAGCGGCAAAGAAAAGCACUAAGAAGGAGAGUGUGUGUCAGGGCUGCGAGCACACUGGAGAGGACCUUCUGGUGUGUGAGGGUGUGUGUUGUAGCUCGUUCCAUACAGAGUGUCUGGGGCGACUGCUAACUCCAGAUGAGAAAGUGCUGUGUGCUCCGUGCAGCUCAGGCACACACGUGUGUUUCUGCUGUAAGCAGUCUGAAGGGGAGGUCCGGCGCUGCAGCGUUCUCCACUGUGGUCGGUUCUACCACGAGGAGUGCCUGCGGCCCAACCCGCUCACCAUGUUCGAGAACCGCGGGUUCCGGUGCCCGUUACACACCUGCCUGUCCUGCCACUACAGCGGCAAGGCCAAAGCCAAGGCCACUAAAGGUAAGAUGAUGCGUUGUCUGCGCUGCCCGGUGGCCUACCACGCAGGAGACCAGUGCGUUGCCGCAGGUAGCGAGAUGCUGACCUCCACGGCGAUGAUCUGCAGCGCUCAUUUCAUGGCCAAGAAGGGCCGCAGCCAUCACAGCCACGUCAAUGUCAGCUGGUGCUUUGUCUGCUCCAAAGGUGGCAGUCUGCUGUGCUGUGAAUCGUGCCCAGCUGCGUUCCACCCCGACUGUCUCAACAUCGCCAUGCCUGACGGCAGCUGGUUCUGCAACGACUGCCGCAACGGCAAGCGGCCCAAGUACCACGACAUCAUCUGGGUCAAGCUGGGCAACUACAGGUGGUGGCCAGCAGAAAUCCGACACCCACGGAACAUCCCCACCAACAUCCAGCACCUGCGCCACGAGAUCGGCGAGUUCCCCGUCUUCUUCUUCGGCUCCAAGGACUACUUCUGGACCCAUCAGGGCCGCGUCUUCCCCUAUGUGGAGGGCGACCGCGGCAGCAAGUACCAGCAGACCAACAUUGGCAAGGUCUUCAAGAACGCCCUACUGGAUGCUGAGGCCCGCUUCAAGCAGGUGAAGCAGGAGCGAGAAGCUAAAGAGGCCCAGGAGAACAACAGGAAGCCACCGCCCUAUAAAUACAUCAAGAUCAACAAGCCGCACGGGCGGGUGCAGGUGCACACAGCGGACGUGUCCGAGAUCCCCAAGUGCAACUGCAAGCCGUCGGACGAGCGGCCUUGCAGCUUCGAGUCGGAGUGCCUGAACCGCAUGCUGCUGUACGAGUGCCACCCGCAGGUGUGCCCGGCCGGCGAGCGCUGCCACAACCAGGACUUCACCAAGCGCCAGUACCCCGACACCAAGAUCAUCCGCACCGCCGGCAAGGGCUGGGGCCUGCUCACCUUGCACGACAUCAAGAAGGGACAGUUUGUUAACGAGUACGUGGGCGAGCUGAUCGAUGAGGAGGAAUGCCGCAACCGCAUCAGAUACGCCCAGGAGAAUGACAUGUCUGAUUUCUACAUGCUCACCAUCGACAAGGACCGAAUCAUAGACGCUGGACCCAAAGGCAACUAUUCACGCUUCAUGAACCACAGCUGCCAGCCCAACUGUGAGACUCAGAAGUGGACGGUCAAUGGGGACACGCGCGUCGGUCUCUUUGCCGUCUGCGACAUCCCAGCUGGCACAGAGCUGACCUUCAAUUACAACCUGGAUUGCCUUGGCAACGAAAAGACAGUGUGUCGCUGCGGCGCACCAAACUGCAGCGGUUUCCUUGGAGACCGGCCCAAGAAUGGCCAGGCGUCGGAGCCCAAGACCAAGUCAACAAAGAAGAAGAGCAAGCGGCGGAAGAGUCGGAGCGAGGGAAAGAAGCAUUCUGAGGAUGAGUGCUUCCGCUGUGGAGACGGAGGCGAGCUGGUGUUGUGUGAUCGCAAGGGCUGCACCAAGGCCUACCACCUGUCUUGUUUGGACCGUACCAAGAGGCCCUUCGGUCGUUGGGACUGCCCGUGGCACCAUUGUGACGUGUGUGGCAAGAACUCGGACGCCUUCUGCCAGCUUUGUCCUAACUCCUUUUGCAAGGCUCACCAGGAGGGGGCGCUGCAGCUCUGCCCCACCACCGGCAAGCUCUGCUGCCAGGAGCACGAAGCCUUGGAGCCGCUGGUGCUCCCCUCCGAGUCCCAGCAGGGCCCCUCUGAACUACCCCUGUUCCCUACCACCCUUGCCCUGGCCGAAACUCUGCCCCAGAUUCACCCAAAAACAGGUGCUAAGAGAGGGCCUAGAGCGGCGCCCAGGAAGGCCCUCAAAAAGAAUAACUCCAAAAAGUCAGUAGAAGUCUAAAGAGACAGUGGACUCCAGAUAUUGAAACCCCCUACCCCCCUCACAACUCCACCUAACAUUCCCAUUCCCUGACCUAAGAGUCCACUAUCAAACAUUUUUUUUUUUUUCUUUGUUUUUAUUUUAAUGUACAUUUUUUUUUUUUUUAAGUGUAAAUUAAUAUCAAGCAAUCUUCCCAUUUCAUCAGUAACCUUACGUACAAUAGUCAUGUCAGUUGGUUAUAUAGGCAAGAAAAAUUAUAUUAGACACUUAAGACGUAGUUGUACUGCAGUUAUUUGAAAUAAAGAUUCAUUUACAGGUAUCUUGUAACAGAAUUGUGACUUUUUAAUUAGUGUUUGUGUCCUCAUCUUGAUGCCCAUAUGUUUUUAUUCCCCUUGUAUAACAUUAUACUGUGUAGCAAAAUAUUGGAUUUUGCUAUUAGGGCCUAUGAGUACAAUAAAAAAAAUUGUAUAUA